AAGUUGUCAGAGGUCUCAAAUUUACAAGAGCACUGUAGCUGGUUGUCUAAGCAACGACGCUUAUUUACAGAUGUGUCUCUUUAAAUUAGGACGCGAAUGCGUUUCUUUAUUUUGCUCUUUUAAAAAUAAACGUUUUCAACAAUAAAUUUUACAAGUUAAAUAGAUCUUAAACAGGGCGAAGCGGGAUCUCUGAUGACAGAAAUGCAUCGUCCAAAGUAUUUCACGCCAAAAGAAGUGUCGCUGCACAAUACAAUUGAAGAUAUAUGGGUGUCAUAUUUAGGCACAGUGUACAACUUGACACCGCUGGUAAAGGAACAUAGGGGUGAUGUGCUUUUAAGGCCUAUUGUUGAGUGUGCAGGAAAAGACAUCAGCCACUGGUUUGACCCCAAAACAAAGGAUGUCCAGACCCACAUUGACCCUCUCUCUGGCUGUGUUAAGUACUACACUCCGAGAGGGCGUUUCAUUCACAUACCUCCUCCUUGUCCACGGACUGACUGGGCUAAUGACUUUGGGAGACCAUGGUGGAGCGACAGUCGCUAUGAAGUGGGCCUGCUGUCUGCCAGAACUUUCUGGAUACGGAUCAUCAACAUGCUCACGUACCAGGAGCAGCCUCUGGAGGUGUGCUGCGAAGAAACUGUGGAAGAAAUUCUCCAGCGCUACCUGAAGUACAACUGUCACGCGGGCAGCUACACCUGGAAACACGACUGCCAGGCGCUGGACAUGACCAGGACACUGAGCGAGAACGGCGUGGUCGACGACGACGAACAUGGCGACUUCUCCCCCUCCAUCUGCCUUUACUUCAAUGAUGACCUCACCGAAUAGCGGGAAGUAGUUAGUGGGGGUGGUGUGGAGAGAAGAUAUAAAAUUUUAACAGAAAAACAAA